UCUGCACCGUAGGCGAUUUCGACCCCGAGUGCGAGGACAUGCUCAACGUGCGCCGCUCUGCGGCGCUGCGCAAGGCUCUCCGCACGCAGCAGCGCGGUCUCGACCGGCUGCGCGAGGCGGCAGGCUCUGCCACGGGCGGACUCGAGCGCUGCCUCAACGGCGCCCCCUCCGACGCUGCGCCGGGCGCCGCUCCGGCUGCGGCUGCGGCUGCGGCUGCGGCUGCGGCUGCGCCGGAGGUUGCGGCGUGGGAAGCAUCGGGGCUCGCGCCCUGCUGUACCGGCAUGGCGGGCGAUUCGGAUGCACCGAUUGCCGCACCGUCAGCACCAUCGCCGUUUUCUGCGGCCUCUGCGCCGCCACCGCCCGCGCCGCCGCCCGCUGUAGAGUGUCGGGCGGCAGGCCCGGUGGCGGCGGUUCCCCUGGCGGCAGGCCCGCCCGCCGCGGCACACGAGGACGCGGCCGUCGCCGGGCCGCCACGCGGUGUGUUGGAGGGCCGACUCUGGCACGAGGGCGGGACGGUCCGCUUCGCGACAGAGGGCAGGGUGGUGCUGCAGGGGGCAGCUGUACCGCCGGCGGCGCGGACAGCAGAGAUCUCGCCGGCGUGGCGCCCCGUGGUGGCGGUGGCUUUGCCGCGUCCAGCUUACGAUGCAGCAGCCGGCGAGGGAGGGCAGCUACACGGCGUUCUUGCGCCCCGCGCCCAUCGACACGCCCGCCCUCCGCCCGUCUCCCAAAGAGCCAGCCCCCAGCCCCCCCUUCCCUUGCGCGCCUCGACGGAUUUCCCUCUCCGUGCGCCAGGCGACCCGAGCAGCCGGGCCGAGGCUCUGCAGCUGGCGAUGGCGAGAGACGCCGCCGCGGCACUUGCCAGUGAGGUACCUGCCCCGCGGGCGGGCGAAGCGGCACGGGCCAGUGGCGCCGUGUCUACGGGGGUGGGCGUGGCGGGGGGCGACACGCCGCUUCCACCUCGCCCCAUCGCGGCUGCCGACGUGCCCCGUGCUGCUGUCGAGUUGCAAGCUCGACCGCCGCCGCCGCCCCCUCGCGCUGCCGAUGUUGUUGCGGCCACCACAGUACUCGAAGGGAGAGCGGUGCCUUCGACGAUGCUUUCGCACCGCUCUCCCGCUUCGCUUCGCUCGUCCGCUCUGCUGCAAGCGACGCACCACGUCGGCGGCAGCAGUGGUAGUUGCGCUCCUCCAGCCUGCGCCCCUGGCUGCGUACCGCUCCCGGCCAACUUCGACGCGGAGCGCUCUGUCGUGGCGGCGGGCGGCGCGGUGGGCGGCAUGGUGCAGCGUCCGACGUGCGAGCGCCCGACCUCGUUUGGCGAGAGCGCGGUGGGCGUCUACGGCGCCGGGUGGGGAGAGCACAGGCGUGAUCCGACAGGCGCGGUGGGGUUGCACGGUUGCGCAUCGCUUCGCCCACCCCCGCGCCGGGGAGGCGGCGACGCCAGCAGCGAGCCGGCGAGCACAGAGCCGCCGCCGACCGAGGGGGGAGGUAGUAUGCCGCUGGCCGAGUGCGGUUUGCCCGACGACGUGGCGGGCGCGAAGGCGGAGAGCGACACCGCCAACUCGAGCAUCACGGGCGACCACAAGAGCGACGUGUGCCGCGGCGACGCAAGCAGCACCGGGAUGAGCGGCGCUGCCUCGGAGCACGGGAUGGGCGGCGCUGCCUCGGAGCACGGGAUGGGCGGCGCUGCCUCGGAGCACGGCUCGGAGGAGGGGCUGCUCGACAGCAUCAAUCUCGACUCGAUGUGCGCGUACGCCGCGAUGGGCGACAGCCCCGCUGUCGAAGCGAGCAUCGUGUCCUCUCUCACGUCGCCGGGGGCGCAGCGGCCGGCGCAGCUGCUCGCGGCACACCCCGUCGCCGGCGGCAACGGCGGGCUGCAGUUUGCAGACUUCGGAGCACCAGCUUGCGCACCGAGCGGCGUGCCGAGUGGCGCGCCGGGCCUCGCGAUGGGUUGCGCGACGGGAGGGGCGCUGCUCUACCCGCCGGCUUACACGUUCCCGGGGUCGAGCAGCUGCAACCGCGACGGUCGUGGGAUGGUCUCUGGCGGCUGCUCCUAUGCCAUGGGCGCGUGCUCCCCGGCCUGUGUGGCGCGGCAUGCAGGGCCCGAGGGGUGGCCCACUGCCCAGUACGCCACAGCGAGGUGCUCUCCAGGGCCGGGUGCCUCCUCGUACGUCCCCUUGCAGCAGAUGAUGGCGGCCUCCGGCCUCGCUUUCCCGUGCUUGCCUGGCGCGGCCUUGCCCGACCUCCUGGGGCCGUCGAAGCGAGAGGUCCGGUGCGCGGGGGAAGCGAGCACAGAGCGGCCCCAACCGGCGCGUCCAGUCUAUCCAGGAGAUUGCGUAAACGGUUGCAGUUUGCUGCCGCAGCAGCGAGGCACGCAGCACCAGCUGCUUGGGAUUGCGCCUCAGCAUGCGCAGCUUCAGGCCCCGUGCUUGCCACAUCUUGCAGCGAUGCUGAUGGAUAGUCCUGGAGCUUUGGAGCCCAAGCCCGCGGCACGCCGCGCCCGUGGCGGCCGCGCCCGUGGUGCAAAGCCAGGGAGCGAGUCCUCAGUCCAAAACGAUCCGCCUGUGGCAUGGGAUAUUGCGGAUGUUCUGGCAGAUUAGCGUCUAGUUAUCGAUAUUCUUACUUCAGUGACCAGAGUGUGGUU